AAUUUGAGAGAUAGUUGGAAUCCUCUUGGAUCUCGGUUCAGCCCAUUUUGCGCUAAACCCAUCCAAUCGAUCCAACUAGCACACGCACACACACACACACUACUGGGUUUGAACCUGACCAGAGAGAGUUCACAAAAACAAAAACAGGGUUUCUCGUCACAUUAGGAGGUGGAGAGAAAACAUACUGAUUGAUAACCUGAGAUCCCAAACCCUGAGAUGGAGCCAUAUUAAGCAAAAAUAUGGUUCUUUUAGUCCAAGCAAUUAAUUUUAGUCCAGACGUCAUCUGCUUGGAACUGUAGAUCAUUAGAUAUGUCGUGGCCAGAAAAUAUGUUUUCUCUGGGACCCUCUUUCAUUCUAUUAUCUGCAAAACUGAUAACACAGUUUCUAUGCAACAGUGUUGUGCCAAGAGCACUGCUAAUGCUGUUUCAUCAGGUUCUUGAAAACAAAAAAAACUAAAACAGAUUUCUAGUUCCCAUUUAAAUUAUUUAUCAACUCCUCUCUUCAUUCUAGAACUGCAUCCCAUUUGUGAAAGUCGUCUGCGCAUUCACUGGAAUCAAGUGGAAACACGACUUUGGAGUCUUGCAUUAGCACAAUCCCUAACAUCUCCAAAACAUCCCAAUAUCCCAGUUGCCAUGAAAAACAGGCAAGACAAGAGACGUGAGCGCAAGAGAAGACGUUUGAGAGGAGACCUUUCCCGUGAUGACAUGUGCUUCCUACUCAGUGUUCUAGAGGGAGAGCUUCAGGCGAGGGAGGAAGUCAUUGCCGUGCUGAAAACAGAGAGGACGGACUGGGCUCUACUGAAGGCCCACUACGGUUUUUGUGGACUGCACGGGGCGCUGCGGUCCCUGCGUGGAGACUCACUGCGAUGGCAACAACAGGACCAUUUCGAGGAUGUGUGCAAAACAGCGAAUGCUGAGCUUAUUAAUUUCAUAGAGGUCCAGAAAAGGUCAAACAAGAGGAUGGAGCAUCAGCUUCUUGAGGUAUCAAAUGCUCACAGAGAUGCCGUUAGGAGAAAUGAGGAGCAGCAGAGAAGCCACCGGGAUUUCUUUCAAAAGUAUACGUGCGUUACGGCGCUACUGGAGGAGGACCGAGAGCGGUAAGUCGGUGCAUCACAUUUGGGGGUUGCAUAAAUCAAAUGAUUUUCCUGACAUUAUGUUAAGGUAAAUGAAUGGCAAUAAU